AGACCACAACACGCUGUCUCUUUGGAGUGUACUGUCGCAUAGCCACAGCAUUUGCAACACACCGUCCUUCCCAUAGAUCUGUCAAACAUCGUCGGCCUUGAGGCGUUGGUGCCUCGGGGUCGAAGGUCGUGAGCCUUGCGGGGUGUCCUUGGGCCAGAGUCGACAUGGCUAUGCCAAUGUCAAUCCUGACUCUGAGCGACAGACAUAGCUCUGAUCCUUCGAAUUUCACUCCUCAUGUUGGCGGGCCACUACCGUCAAUGAAACUGUCUAAACCAACCGGCAAGAUACCAGUACACGAACUCGCAAUUCGAAGUCGAUCUAACUUAGCCACUGCGCCUGUGUUGUGUCCUAUACAAAAUGUCGAGAAUGGUGCUCUCCAUAGCGUUCCCAACGCAAAUAAAGCAAGCUCUGGUUCGGAUGCCAAUCGCGACAAACCAUACUACUCGGACGAAAAAAUAUACGUCGAAACAUCGCGCGUCCCUUCGCAUUUCCCUACCCAUCCUCUGAUCGAAUUGCAAGGCCCCUUCGAAGAGUCUAUGCUGGACGCUGGGAAGAAGGAGGACUGUUCAAACUACAGAGAGACGAAUCCAGAUAAAUUCAAGGGCAGAUCUCGUCGAUCUUUGAUACUGAAUCAGAAAGGCGGUGCUGGAAACGUCUCAUACAAUGCACAGUGGACGUCCGACUCAGAGUCCAAGCAUCAUCCCAUAAUGAAGAUUAUGUCGCAGGUCAUAUUUGGCGUGCACCUUCUCUGUCAGUCAAUAGCACAGUCUGUGCCUGAGGUAUCCAACAUCCUCAGUGGUUUCGUCCAGGAAUUAGACAGUUUUCUGGAGCGCGUCAACGGCGAUUUUGAUCAGUCAUUGAAGGAAGUAUCAGACCUAUAUCGAAAUCUGGCACUACCCUUACAGCAUGUUGCCGUUUUCGAUAAUCUUCUUACCGACCGGAAGUACAGGACACAAACUCUGGAAGGCAAUAUCCGCAUAGACGCUCUCAUCAAGGCAUACUCGCAAAUGAUGACUGAUUACACGGCAGACCUUGCUAAGCUACAAGAGGCAAAUCUGGUGUUUAGCACAUAUCUGGAAAGAAUUGGCGCAGAAUGGACACGUGACAGCAGAGAACAAUGGGACAUCUAUGUUGCUAUGCGUAAGAACACGGGCAUUUGGGAAAACAACGUGAAAAUUCUUCAAGAGAAGGCUAGAAAGCUUGGAAAAAUGUUGCAGCGAUGUGCUCUGUGCGUGAAUGAGUUUGAGAAGCGUUGUGCUGCCGCAGCCAGACGCACGAUGGUAUGUCUAAUCUUUCAUUAUCGUGCAAUCACGAGUAUAUGCCUCAUCUUCAAUCUUGUCUACGCAAAGCCAUAAGCAGCAAAGCCGUACGUCGUCGUCGCGAAGCUCGACCUCACGGUCCUCGUCCGGGCGUACCUCGUCGGGACGUAAGGAAAAACCGCUUCCAGCUCUACCCAGCAAAGCAGAAAUCGCCGUUUCCUCCCCUUCCACGCCGUUGCGGCAAGUCAUGAAUGCCGAUAGCACUCCUGCGCGCGGCGC